CUUCGUUCCCUCAAUCCUACCUGCUAUGGCGCAAGGUCCCUUGCCCGUGAGUGAAGAUGCAUGACAGAAUUCGUAUUUCGUAUAUUUCGACGAGCAGAUGGCAAUGGCGCGUGCUGCUGGAGAUGCGCGCGAGAGGGAGCCACUCAUUGCCCCUGCAUGCUGGACGAAGGCCGGAUUCAGAGAGGAGGCUCUCGACGAGGGAACCGCCGACAGUGACUCCUCGGUCGUCUUCUACCUGCUGAAGUGUAUCAUGGGCGCUGGAGGUUUUGCGAUACCGUGGGCGUUUGCACGCAUGGGCCUCGUCGUCGGGAUGAUCUCGAUGUGCGCCUGCGCGGUGGCGAGCUGCUUCACACUGCACCAGCUCUCGGCUCUUCGGGCGCAAGUGGAAGCGAAGCUCGGGCAGCGCUGCAGCACCUACGUGGACCUGGCUCGGGCCACUCUCGGUGCGCAGGGAGCCCUUGUGGUGUACUGCCUCGUCGUCGUCUGCUCGCUCGGCGUCUGCUCUGCGUACCUGGUCUUCAUCGCCUCCUCUCUCUGCUCCCUGCAGGUCCCCCUGGCCUCGGGCACCGUCGCGCUCGCCACUGCUGCGGUGCUUCUGCCCGUGGUCUGCCUGGGUCGCGGGCUUUCCGCCCUGACGGUGCUGGCUCAGGCUGGCACCGUGGCGGUGCUGCUGGGCUACGGGGUGACGAUGUGCUACGCGCUGAUGGGCCACGGCGUGGGGGCGGCGGCAUCGAAAGGUGGGCCAGCGGGAGCACUGGCGCUGCCCUCCCUGCUCGCCCCAGCCGAUUGGGCCUCCGCUGUCGCAGGCUUCGGCCCCAUCGCCUUCUUGUUCCUCAUCCAUUUCCUGGCCGUCCCGAUCAUGGCUUCUUCGGGGAAGUCUGCAAAACAGGGUCGAUUUGAGUGCCUUGUACUGGUGGCCUUCGGCAUCGCCUCGUUCAUCAACGGUUGCUUUGGAGCAGUUUGCUUGGUGUGCUUCCAGGGCCAGGUGUCGUCCAUAGUGAUCAACGACAUCGCUGCGGGCACCUGGUGGCUCAGCGCCACAAAGCUGCUGCUUUGUGCAGACCUCCUCUGUUCCUAUCCGAUUGCGUUCUCCGCCGGGUGCCAGGUCGUCGAGAAGUCGCUGGAGCCGCUGCUCCAGGACCGGUGCCUCCCACAGGCCGGCGGCGGGGGCAGAACGGCUGCGGCAGAUCCCUGGAGGUGCGCGGUGCGCACGGGGAUGCUGCUGGUCACCGUGGGAGUGGCGCAGCUGCACGAUUUCGGCACCAUCAUCUCCGUUGUGGGCGGGUUCGCUCAAGUGACCAUGGCAUUCGUGCUGCCGCCGCUCAUGCACCUGAGGCUGCAGGGUGCGUCCAUGUCGCAGCUGCACCAGUGCGCCAACGGGGCCCUCGCCCUCCUGGGGUCUUGCCUCGCGCUGCUUGUCACGGGGACGGCCCUCGCCUCGGCCGUCCAGAGCCACGCCGAGUGAGCAUUCGUUGGGCUGCCCAGGGGCACAGGAUGAAGAGAGGAGAGGCGCGGCUGCCGAGGUGAGCUGCGGGGCUCCUGGCGCCGAGUCGGUCUCAUCGGCCCUCUUCGGCCACUCUGCGACACCCGCCAGACAGACGAACUGACUCGGAGCGCACAGCCGCCACCUCCCCUCUGUUCUGGUUUCGUUCCUUGCGCAUGCGUGCCCGCUGCUUGGUCAUCAUGCGGCCGCGGCUUGUCAUGUGUCCAGCGAAUUCAGCGUCUCUACCAGGACCACUGCCUGUGGAGGUGCUUUCGUAGAUGAAAAAAUUGAGUGGCGACCAGCGAGCGCCUCCGCCAAUCUGGGCGGCGAAGGAAA